AAUUAAGGCCUCCCUGCCUAACACCAUCCCCCACCUAGCCAAGUCCAAAUUCUCACAACCUUCUAUGGAUAGCACCGUUGCUGCCAUCAUGACACAAAAUGGCCGAGCAGAGACCAAGGUUGUCUCCACCCCACGAAAAACCUCCAAAGGUGGCUGGAAUGCUGCCAUCUUCAUUAUCUUUGUUGAGGUGGCUCUGAGAUUUGGCUACUAUGGUUUGGCUGGUAACCUCAUAACAUUCCUCACAAAUGAUCUUCAUCAGUCCACUUCUACGGCCAUCAAGAACAUCAAUACAUGGGUUGGUGUCUCGGCAAUCUUCCCUAUCUUUGGAGCUAUUGUGGCUGACUCUUUACUUGGCCGCUUCAAGACCAUCCUUCUGUCUUCGACCAUUUACUUCGUCGGGAUGGUUCUGUUGACCAUAUCAGUCUCAGUAAUUCCUACGCAUUACAGGGAGGCUGUGUUCUUUAUCGCUCUCUACAUACUAGCUGUUGGUGAAGGUGGUCACAAGCCUAGUGUGCAGACCUUUGCCGCGGAUCAGUUUGAUGAGGAAGAGCCAGAGGAGAAGGCAGCCAAGAGUUCAUUCUUCAACUGGUGGUACUUAGGCAUAGUGGUCGGUGCAUCUUCAGCUAUAUUGGUGGUUAUUUAUAUCCAGGACAAUCUCGGAUGGACAGCAGGAAUUGGAAUCCUGACAGGAGCUUUAGGGGUGGCACUGUUCAUUUUCUUGAUAGGAAUUAAGAGAUACAGGAAACAAGCUCCAGUGGGAAGCCCUUUCACUAUGGUGGCACAAGUAUUUGUGGCAGCCACGAGGAAGCGGCGAGUGGUCCAGACGCGACAAGGGUGGGGCAUAUGUUAUGAGGCAGGUGGGACCGACAUCGAAGGUCAACCCCGGAAACGAACUUUGGCAGCCACUAAUCAAUUCAGGUUCUUGGACAAGGCCAUGGUCAUUGACGAUUUAGAUGCCUCGAGCAAAACAAGGAACCCUUGGCGGCUGUGCUCACUCAACCAAGUGGAAGAAGUAAAGCUUGUCCUGCGCCUCCUCCCCAUUUGGUUAAGUUGCUUAAUGUUCACUGUAGUGAUAGUUCAAACACACACUCUUUUCAUCAAGCAAGGUAGCACAAUGACCAGAUCAAUAGGACCAGACUUCCAAGUUCCACCAGCAUCAUUUCAAAGCCUCGUAGGCCUCACGAUCCUCUUCACUAUCCCACUUUACGAACGUGUUUUCAUCCCAGCGGCGAGAAAAAUAACCGGGCACAGCUCCGGUAUAACAAUGCUACAACGGAUUGGCAUUGGCCUGUUUCUGUCUAUUGUGGAAAUGGUAGUGGCAGCUCUAGUAGAGGGUAAGAGGGUUAGCAUUGCAAGAGAGCAUGGCCUAAUGGACAUCCCAAAAGCAACAAUACCAAUGAGUGUCUGGUGGAUACUUCCGCAGUACAUGAUCAGUGGAAUAUCAGAUGUGUUCACGGUCGUUGGAUUACAAGAAUUGUUCUAUGAUCAAAUGCCGGAAUCGAUGAGAAGCAUGGGAGCUGCAGCAUAUAUAAGUGUAACUGGACUUGGGAGCUUUUUCAACACUGCAAUUAUAACCGUGGUGCAGGCUAUUACAGCAAGGUCCAGUGGCAUUUUGCUUGGCAACAAUCUUAACCGUGCCCAUGUUGACUACUUCUACUGGAUCUUGGCUGUAUUGAGUGCUCUAAAUUUUUGUGUUUAUUUAUGGGUUGCUCAUAGUUUUGUGUACAAAAAGGUUGAAGGUGAGAAACCGCAAGAGGGCAGGGAAUUGGCCUUUGCUGAGCAUUUAGAUGCGAAAACAUGAGGUCAUGGGACCAUAUAAAUGGUGCUAAAUCUAGUAGAAAUUCAAACUAUAUGCAUGUUAAUGUUAAUGUUAAUGUUAAUGUUAAAGCUUGAAUAGAUAGUGUUAUAAGAUGUCAUCAAUGUUUGUGUGAGGAACAUUGUGGUUUACUGCUUGAAAAUCCAUAGCUUUUCUUAAUGA